AUGAAUAAGAAGGUUCGAAAUCCAGCUUACCCACCAAAAUCUAUGUCAAGUAUGACCGACCCAGGACGCCAAAAACUGUUGCGGGAUCUGGAGGAAAUAGAGGCUGCUGCCGAAAAGGUGCUGGCUGACCAGGAGCGUUGCAAGUUGUAUGACAUUAAUUUGCGCAAAACGCAAGAGGCACUCAAUAGACUGAAGGAUCCAGACGCGCCGAGUGAUGUUUGGACCUGCCUAGCUCGCCAAUUUUUCAGCGUUCCAAGAUUUUCCCUGCAGACUGCCCUACAGUCGGAUGUCUCUACCUACAAGGCUGAAGUGAAUACCCUAAGAGACCGAAUAAAAGAAGAGUUGAACUUCCUGCGAGAACUGGAGGGAAAAAAUCCACUUCAAGGCUUUAACUUGGAGCCUCUUUCAAGCGACGAACUGUCUUCACUCAAUAGUGGUGGUGACCUUUAA